GUUAUUAUUUAAAUAAAAAAUAAACCAUUGCUUUUUUUUAUAAUUAAAUAACUAAAAAUAUGGAGACUAUUACAAGUGAGGCUCAAUGGAUUGAAGUAUUUAACUCGAUUUCGCUGGAAUUUCAGCUUGAACAAAUAAAGAUUUACGGAAAAUAUGAUGAUCAAAGUACAGACGAUUAUGAUUCUGAGGAUGACUUUGAUCACCAUGAAGACGAUUCCAGUGGAGAGGAAAGAUCAACACCGUCACCAGAUACUAUUUUCGAUAAUCGCAUGAUACAAAUGAGACCACUAUUUGCUCUUCAACCAACACUUGAAUCAAUAUGCAACGAUCGACGUGCCCAAUUGAUUAAUUCAGCUUUUACAAUAUAUCGUUUUACUCCACCUUAUGAAUUUUCAAUCAAUGAAUUGCAAAAAUUAGCAGAUGAUUUAAAAUGUACAUUUCAUCUGUGGGGACAUAAUCUGAAGGAACUAUAUAUACGAGAUUAUCCUUAUCAAAUAUUACAAACGAUUAAUACUAUUUGUCCAAAUCUUAAAAAACUUUGGUUGGACAUGGAAGAAUUAGACAGUGAAGAUUGUGAAAAUGCAUUUUCUAACAUGGCCCAUCUUGAAGAACUGGAGAUAACUUGGUCUAGUAAAAAUUCAACUUUACCAACGAGUUUGAUCAAAUCUAUAGAACAAGUUGGUGGGACUUUGAAAAGUCUUCGACUUAUAAAUGUUUCAGAAGCUGAUCGUCGUUUACCAGAUUCAUUCGUUUCGGUAUUUCCUCGAUUAAUCGUUUUAGAAUAUUUAUAUUUAUAUGGUUUUGGUGAUCUAAAUCAAGCACUAAUCCAGUCGAUAGCUGAAAUUGAGAGUUUAGUUGAUCUAGAAUUAAUUCCUAUUUGGGUGGAGGAUCUACAGUCUACUAUGAAUCCCAUUGGGAAUUUAAAAAAUCUCAAACGAUUGAAUAUUCGUACAGAUUGUGGUGUUACAGAUGAAUUUUUGAUUAAUCUUGGCAAUAAUGCUAAAAAUUUAAACGAAUUAACUAUAGAUGGUACAAGUAUAACGGAUAGGGGUAUCAUGGCACUCAACAAAUGUACUCAAUUAGAAAUACUUGGUCUUAAUUCACGUCCAUCAACAAAAAAUAAUGAGUUCAUUACUGAUCAAUCAGUUGAAUAUUUAUUUUUCAAUAAAAAAUUGGAACGGUUGAAUAUAUCAAAUUGCAUUAAGAUCACUCAUAGUGCAGUUCUUAAACUUGCUAAACAUUUAACAAAUUUAAGAGAGUUAUAUCUAAAAAAAACGCUUUUGACUGUUGAACUUGCCAAAGAGUUACGUAAUAUAACAGAAUAUCGUAAAAAAUCUUUAUGGAUAUAUGUUUCUAAAGAACAAUACGACUGUUUCAAUUCAUUGGAAUCAGACAAAUUAUGUUUUAUCAUUCAACGUGACUCUUUUGAUAUUUAUAAGCAUUAA